GUAAAGUGUCAAGUCGGAUUUGAGAAGCAGAGUCUCGCUCCGAUCCCGCCGUUUUCGAGUCCGAAGAUGGCGGCGAGCCUCCUCCUCCUCCUCCUCCUGCUUCCGGCCAUCUUCCCCCUCCUCCUCCAUCUCUCGCAUGCCUCCACCGAGCUCCCUCAGUCAACGACGUGCCCAGCUCAACAAGUCCGCGACGGCUUGGUCUGUGAAUUGCGCGAUUUGAGGCUCAAGGUCGCUCGCCUCGAAUCCAUCCUUGAAGAGAGGACCCAACACUUGGAUGCGAAAGGCCUUCAUCUCAAACAGCAUGAGAAGCUAGUUGAAGAAUUGUCACAUAAGAUCAUUUCCCUGCAAUCGACUCUAUACAAUGCCAAUUUGCAGGAUGACUUGUCAAAUGCAGAUAAAAGGCUAAGAGCUCUAGAGGAAGAGGUAAGACGUCUAUGGGCUGCCUCAAGAAAAAACAACUUUGAUCUUCAUGUCUUGGAAUCUAAAGCAAAGGAAGCUGAGGCUAGACUGGAAGUUACUGCUUCAAAAGUCGAAAAGCUGGCUGACAUUGUUUCAGAGCAGUGGAUUCAAGUUCAGCACCUUGAGCAGGCUCUCCAGAUUACAGAAGUGAGGACUCUAAAUGCUCAAAGGAGAGUAUAUCCAACAAGAUGCACAUUCUUAAAGUUUAUUGACAGCAUCACCAGCAAUCAUCUUCAGAUGGUACGUGGGAUGUUACAUCACUAUUCAUUUGUCAAAGUACCUACAUCAACUUCUCAUCUCUCGAGGGCUCUGCAUCUGUCCAAGAAAGCCUUCUUGGCUGGGAAGAAGUAUCAUCAUGAGCUACAAGGUUUCAUCAAGAGAGAGAUGGAAAGAAAUGAGAUCAUGGCACCACUUGCAAAUGAUGAAGUGGUGUUUUUUGUGGCAUCUGCUAUCGUUAUGUUCCCUAUAAUGAGCAUUUGGGUAUGGUUCUCAUCACUGCUCCAAUAAAAGAAGCUUGCUCUGUUUGUCUGUUCAAAAUGAAGACAACGCUUCCUGCCUUGCUCUCUACGUUGGUAUUGGUAGGAAAAUAUUGGCACGGCUGAAUUAGAUCUGUACAUAGCACUGAAACUCAUUUUCAAUCUACUUCAAUACAUACUGUCUCCAGCUGCAUUCUUGACAAUGUGAGCCUAAAAUGGUAUUCACGCUUUUCGAACUUUUCUUGAUUGGGACAGGCACUGUGUCUUGGUCAAAUAUCUUGUAGACUAGUAUGGAAAAUGCACUGUCACAUUUUCUGCUGUGCUUUCAAACUUUUUUUCUUUACAACUUUUGCCUUUGACCUGAUUUGUAAUGAUUUGGAUCGUUAGUGAUCCAAACAGAAAUUGAUCUUUUGGUUGGGUUUUUCACUUUCUCAUCUCUUUGAUUUAGAAAGAAGUAAUGAU